ACGCGUUUUAUACGGACGCUUCCGAGGUGCCGUAGUCUGUUGGUUCAGAACAGAAUCAGACACUGCUGAAAUAUAAGUGAAAUAAACAGCUAGCAACAUAAUCAUAUCAUGAGUCGAUCGUACAAUGACGAGUUACAAUAURUGGACAAGAUUGACAAGAACUGUUGGCGAAUCAAGAAAGGUUUCGUCCCAAAUAUGCAGGUGGAAGGAGUGUUUUACGUCAACGAGUCCCUGGAGAAGCUGAUGUUUGAGGAGCUGCGUAACGCGUGUAAAGGAGGAGGMUUUGGUGGGUUUCUCCCUGCCAUGAAYCAGAUUGGWAACGUUGCAGCUCUGCCGGGAAUAGUCCAUAGGUCCAUCGGCCUGCCAGACUGCCACUCGGGGUAUGGGUUCGCCAUCGGAAACAUGGCUGCCUUUGACAUGAGCGACCCCAACGCGGUCGUAUCCCCAGGUGGUGUGGGCUUUGACAUUAACUGUGGAGUGCGUCUACUAAGGACCAACCUAGACGAGGGAGCCGUCCAGCCUGUCAAGGAGCAGCUGGCUCAGGCCCUGUUCGACCACAUCCCUGUCGGAGUCGGCUCCAAGGGAGUCAUCCC